CGGGGGAAAAGAAAAGAGCGGACGCGGCGCCGCCGCCAUUGCACAGGCUCCGCUCCCGCCGCCGCCAUUCCCGGCCAUGUACCGGCCGGGAUUCCGCGCACCGACAUCUCCCUACCCGGGCGGCGGCUUCCGGAGCCCUUCCUUCGGCGGAGAGCCCCUGCCGCCCUCUCCGCGGGGCUACGGGAGCCCCCACCACACGCCGCCCUACAGCCACCGGCCCGGGCCGUAUGGCAGCGGCCUCUCGCCCCGAGGCCCCGGGUUCCAGGGGCGCUUCGGGAGCCCCUCGCCGGGGGCGCAGACCUCGCGCAGGCCGCAGAGCGUCAGCCCCCGGUACCCGGCUCUGUAUGGCGGCGCUUCUCCGGCCGGAGCGCCUCUGCACCCGCCGCCGCAGCAAAAGCGCUCGCCCGGCGGCUUUCAGAGGCACUUUCAGGGAUCACCCAGGACAUCUACUCCAUUUGGUACAACGCAUGGCAGAGAGAAAAGAGUGUCUAAUGAUGUGGAAAACUAUUACAGACCUUCAAUGCUUGAGGACCCAUGGGCUGGCCUAGAGCCAGUUUCUGUUACAGACAUAAACCAGCAAUACAGCAGUGAACAAACAACAUGUACUGGUAAAAAAGGGAGGUAUUUCAGCUAACACUUAAAGGCCAAGUAACUCCAUCUUGUCAGAAAAACUUUGGGACAGAAUCUUUACACUUACACAAGUUGAACAGUAAUCAAGACCUUAGAUAAUACUUUUAUUUCAUCACAUGUCCACCCUUGUAUCUUACUUUUUUAUUGCAUUGGAUAUUUUUAUGUAUGGGAGGCAAAAGGAGUGAUAGGAAAAGUUGUAUUUCUGGCUAUGUGGAAGUGCUUACCAGCUUUGAAGAACAAAGUGUUCUUUAAUCACCAGCGACUGAUUUGUGACUGUUAAAACAGGUUUCCAUAUACUUACCUCGUCCAUGCCAGAUUGUUAGCCUUUUGUUGUAAAGUCUCUUAGGAAGUGGUAUUUUUUAUGUUUCGACAUUUUUAGAAUGAAAUAACUUGGAAAUAAAAUUUUGUAAACCCUUGUUUUGUAAUGUAUAAAGAAUAUUUUAGGAGCUUUGUUAAGGUGUCUGUUAACAUAGUAGUUCACAACAGUGAAAUUAGGUGACUCCUGUAAAUGUGCUUGUAUGCUGUAGGUAACGCCUGGUUUUGUGCAUAACAAUUUCUGUUAAUUUCAGGGUAAUAUGAAGUUGAAACAUGACUUUUAGUCAUCUCAGGAAAAGAAUGUAUUGGUUUUGGAAAGUUUAAUUUGUUGAACCAACGCUUGAGUCACAAACCUAAUUCUGGAAUCAUUUGCUUUUGUGUUUUAAAAUAUAUAUAUUUGGAUCAAUAUCAGAAAUUUCUGGAUUAUGGUAACAAGUCUGUUCAGUGGCUAUUUAAGUCUAGAGAGCACAUAAAACAUCAAGCUUAAAUAAAUGUGAAUGUUGGUUUUGGACAUACCUGCUAGAAUAGUACAGAAUGAACAACACUGUUAUAGAUUUGAUAUUAGCACAUGCAUGGAUUUUUUUUUAAUCUGUUUUACAUUUUUCAAUUAUUUUUUCUUUUUAUUUAGGACAAGCAUCAUUGCCAGAAUUGUUCUGUGUGUGUACAUGCAAUAUUUUUAUACUAGAAGAAGAAAACAGUGAGUUGCCUUUUUUAGAGCUUGUCUUUACAUGGAAGAUCCAUCUGAAAUCCAGUAGUGAAUAUCAUAAUCUAGAAUAAAAAAUAAAUAGUUCCAACUUCAGGCAUGUUCUUAACUUGCCAUGUUAAGCCUGCAGUAGUUAGAUACAUUUUUGUUGAACGUGUCAUUAUUUGUUGAUCUUGGCUUUUAAGCCGAGAUAGAGUGUGAAAACUUUGUUAAAUAAAAACAUUAGUUUAGUUUUCAAAAUACAUGUGUUCUUUUAAGCCUCUUACAUACUCAAAACAUAUUUUUGUAGUUCUAAGGCAUGGUUAGGUAAAAAAGCACAAGGAAUCACAUUAAGCUGUUCAUAGUAACUUGUCUUUUGCUGCGGUAGAAUAGUCCUCUACUCUUUGUCUGUUUCAGGAUAAAAUGUGUAGGUUAAUACCACCUUCAGGAACAACUUCAAAAUACAAGAAGGUGUUAACAUGUUGAAACGUGCUUAGUCUCCUGUGCUCUUAGGACCAGAGUCUAAAGUAUGUCACUUCUCUCUUCCCCCAGUUGCCCCUCUUAUUUUAGUAUUGUAUUCAAAAAGGCUGCUUCUGAGAACAUAAUGCCUGCUGGAUAUCAAAAAUGGUUAAAUCUUCAUCCCAGAAUCAAAACAACUGUGCCUUAAAGGGCAUCUAGAUCAGUGUUGUUAUCUGUAAUAGGUACCAGCAAAACUGAGAUGAUUGACAAGUUGUAGUCUUUAGAAUUUAUACGUAAGUUAAUCAAUGUCAUUUUGAAAAGUGAAGUGUGACAUUUUCUUUCCUUUUUUUUUUCUUUUUUUGAAACCUUGUCAGGUGCUGUUAAGCUCAGAAAAAAAGUUUUAGUGUGCUUAACCAAGUCACCUUUUUGUUGUCAUUUCCUGUGUGAUUGAAUGCAAUUUAUUUUUUGCAAUAUUUGGUGAUCUUGGGAAGAUGAAUAUGAUUUUAUUUAGGAGAGUGAAGCCAUGAUGUGCUCUCAGUUAGGCAUGAGAAAGAGUCUAGGUUUGGAAGGAAGAAAGGAAAGGUAAAGGAUUCAUGAGAAAAUAAGAGUCUUAGAGAUGGGACUUCUUACACAGUAGCCAGUAUGAGCUGCCCUUGCACAUUACAAAGAUGGAUUUUUCCACUUUGGCAUUGUAAUUGGCCCAGGCACCAAAGCCAGACUCAUCUGGUAAUAACUCUUAACUCCUGGAACCAGAUGUGAGACAGCAGUGAAGGUAAAUGUUCCAGAAAGAGAAAUGAGGAAAUAAUCUUGAAGCACUGUUUAAUCCAUGCAGACCUUCCAUAAUGCCAUCUGUUAAGCUGCUGCUCCAGUGGGCUUCAAGAUAUGACCCAACAAUUUUAAGUACAUCAUACUGCUAAAGACUCCAGUCAUUURGUCAAGAAUCAGCACCAAAAACUUAAAAAUUAUUCACCUUUCUGGCUUCUGGCAGAAAUUCUGCAAUUACAGUAAAAUUUAAAUACGUCAUUGUUGAACAGCUGUAUCACAUGUUCAGAACUAUAAAUAUAAUGUACUUAAAGUCAAUUUAAGCUUUGCCUUUUUUGCCGUGAUAUCCAGAAAGCUUAAGCCCAUACUUCCUCACCAGGUUUUUUUUUCUUUUUACCAUAUGGCAAACAUCAUUUUUCCCCACAUUUCUAAUGGAGAGAGGAUAUAUCACUUCCUCAUUGGUUAAUGAAGCCAUUUCAUAGUAACAGUAGGACUCUGGAAAUAGCAUUUGAUGAUAAAAUGAAAGAACAAAAUAAAUCCUUUUUUUCAUGAACCUGUGAAAGAAAAGAGUGCUUACAUCUUGUUAGUGAAGGGAUUCUUCUGUAAUGAACACACUGAGAAUAUGGGCAUUGCUCUUUGUUCAACUGACUUCUUAGGUUUUAAGGUAAGUAAGUUGCUCCUUUUUCAGAAGUUUGAGUUGAUGCACUUUUCCUUACUGCUUUGUUUGCAUACUGUUUGUCCAUCAAGUCCAUUUCACUUUCUUUCUCUUUGCCUUUUGUAAAGAAGUUGUAUAACUCGUGACUAAGUCUUCCAGCAAAAAUUUAAUUUAUUUGUGUCGUGGUUUGAACUGUGCCCACGACGUUCCCUCUCCCCCUCCCCACUGGAGAGGGAGAAGGGAGAGAGCGAAAACCCAAUUAACACGAAAUGUUUAUGGCUUUGAGAUAAACAUAACUGGAAGAAAGAUACCUAUAUGCUCCACAAUAGUCAGACAGGCUGCAUAACUUAAGUUGCAAAACAGAUUUAUUACUACACACUACUAAAAAGAAGUAUUACGGCACUGGGUGAAAAACAAAGAUAGGGAUAUUUACAAAGAGAAGAAAAAUAAAAUGGACAUUUUAAGACACCUGUUACACUUUCCCAGGGACCCAUCUCUUCUCCCAAGUCCCCCCAUCUCCACCCCUCCCAUGUUGUCCCUCACACACAGGGGGGCAGGAAUGAAAGUCUAACACAGAUCAAAACAGUCAGCUGUUGUCCAAGCGUUGUAGGAUACAACAUUCUUACAGCUCCAGCUGUGGGAUGUGUCCUUUUCUAAGAAACAGUCAGUAAAAAACUGCUAAUAGCAGAAAGGAACUUCUUUACCUUGCAGGAGAAAAGAAAAGAAAUGUCCUUCAAAGCCCAUGUUGUUUUUUUUCAGCGACGUGAGUCCGAUUAUCACAAACCUCCUGGCAGAACACCAAACACAGCUUCUUCUACAUCAAAACUUCGUGGGGGGAGCAAACCUCUUCUCUAUUUCUUGGCUUCAUAAUAUAAUCAAAAAGAGUCCGGUCCUCAAAAGGCCAGGGGUUUUUUUCCCUCACAGCAAGGUCGCUUUACUUCUCUAUACAGGUCUCUCUCAAUAUGAUGGAAAUAGUCCUUUUCAAGAACAACUUAUCUCCUCCAGCUGGUCCGAGAACCACAGCAAGGGCACAGCUUCUCCUUACUGUUCUAUGAUCUUUAGAUGUCUCCAUUUUUCUUCUUACAUCUCCUCACCCUCCUGCUCUGUUUUUUUCCAGUGCAAGAUACUAAAACUACAUGCUAUCAAUUAACCUAAACAUGGCGGCCGCAGCUAUCUUGUUUUGAUUUUUUUCUUAAAUACUACAAAAUACGYCAUCACAGAGGUGUAACUAUCYUGUGYAAUUGGCCCAGGCCUGAUGGUCAGCCUGUCCAUCAACCUCAGAACCAAUGAUGGGUUGGCUCUGAAACACAGGAGUGGGGCAGGGCUCUCUUUGCUGGAGAAGAAGAAGAAGGAGACACCCCUAGGACUGCUCACAGCAGCCAACUUUGUGGUUUCUUGAUCCCCAUCCCCCACCACCAAAAAUUGGGCCAAGCAAAACCAUGACAAUUUGUUACUGUUUGCUCCUGUGUUUAAGAGUGAACUGGGUCACUGCUACAUUUUGCUGAUAUCAUAGAAACGGAACAUAAAUCAGCCACGUGUGUGUGUAAUGCAGCCACACACUGGGUGGGUUGUUACCCAAGAUGCAUACUGUAAUAGUUCAAACUUCAGGUCUGGGUUUUCAUUCCAGCUUUAUAAUGUGGAAUAUUCAUUCUUCUGUKGCACUCAGUGUGCACAUUGAAAUUGUUAAAUAAUUAGGAAUAUUAAAAUUUCAAUUAAAAUGGUAUGUUAAAAGUUCAUAUCGAAUUCCUUCUCUUUAGAAUUAGAAGUAAUGUACUGAAAUGUAGCAUUGUCCGAAUGUCAAAGCUGGGAACACUUUCUAGGUAAAAUAGAUUCUGGUCAGCAGAAUGGAUGACUACUUUUGCAGUCGGGUUGCUUUUCUUGUUAAGGACAUCUUUAUGCGCUCUUAACUUUAUAUGAAUUAUUUCAUUAGACAUCACCAGGGGGAGCAUUUGAAAAAUGCAUUAUAUGGAAAUUCUACAAGUAGCUAUUCACCUUCUGAAGAGAAGUUUUGUGUAGUGUUUGGUUUUCAAGCUGUGCUUCUGAGUAAUCUCACUGAAGUCAGAGGAUUUGCUCAUGCAACAGGGAUGUGUAAGUAUCUAAUGUUACAGUUUGAAAAUUCUUUAAUCCAUUUGUCUGUCAGUGCUUUUUACCAGCACUGCAGGUGCUGGUAAACUUCUCUGCCUAGCAAUUGCUCUGAAUUCAAAUUCAUACAUGUGGUCCAAUUUAUACAUGACUGUCUUGCAAUGAAAUAAACUCCUUCUUAGAAUAUUUUUCAAAAUUCUUAAUGAGGAAAUACUUUGUUCUCUCUUCCCCAAAUCUUGAUGCUUGCCUUCCUUCCAUCUUCUUGAACUGGCAGAGAAAAGGGAGGAUUGCCUACACUCACUGGUGAAGAAUCAUGUAAUGAUUUUCAUGUCUCUGGCUUUCAGAAAUGUGCAUACCAAUUGAUGUAGGUAACUAGAUAAACUUCUUUAUCAUUUGAGAUGGCCCAAACAACUUUUUGCAGCACAAGAAAUUAAAGAAAUCAAUUUGUGCUUACACUCAACAACUGAAUUCGGCAUUCAGUCAUUAAUUCACAAUCAAAUUUCUUGCCUGUAUCUAUGUCUCACAAAGAACAAACUGAUUCAGUUUCAUUUUCUGCCAUUUGCACUGAAAUUGUGCUUUACUGAUGUAGCAUUUAACAAUAAGUUCUCAACCUGAACUUCUUAAUUUACUUUUACAAAACGAAUAGCUCUUGAGUGUUAGACCUCAAAUCUAGGCCUUCCCUUUAAACUCUUUUAGAUCUGGCAAAAAAAAAAAAAAAGCUGUAUCUCAUUCCCAUUGCUUCCAUGAUGAUACUAAGAAGCCUUUGUCUUCUGGGCUAGAGACAGUUGGGCAGAUGCUUGGGAUGUGAGCACCCUUCCUGUCCUAGAGUUUACCCUAGACUUUUGCCAUUUCAGUGCAGUGGGGCCCAGGAGGUGUUUUUAAACAAAUAGUAAGGCGUUUUGCUUCACCAGCUCUGUGUGUUCAGACUAUAUCAGGGGGUUGCUUAGUGCAUAUCCUGGAUUUUAAAUUACAUCAGCGUCUUCAGUAAAAUCACAGGUGAAUUCCACUGCCCUUUGUUCACUGAUCUGUGGCUGUUGCACAUUACUGUUCUGAACUACUCAUGUAAACGUUUGUAUACAAGAAUAUAACUCCUGCAGCUAAAAGGGGUCAUACCAGUACAGUUCCAGAGUGAAAUUUUUAAUGCUUCUAACACUUCUGCUAGUAUAAUCUGUGCCAAAAAUCUGAUGUACUACCCUGCUUCUAUGUAGCACUAAUAAUGCUGUAUGAUGCUGUAUUAAACUGCACUGAAACAUUCUGGUAUCUGUAUGUAUUUUGCCACAAUCUAAUUGCUGUGUAUUCAAGGUAGUUAAAAGCUGUUACUGUAGAGUCAAUGGAUUUAAAUCUGUUGUAUGCAUGAGGAAAUUCCUAUGAGUUCAAACUGCUGAACAUGAUGUUGAUGCAACUGUUAGUAUAAAUACCAGUAAAGGGAACAACAGAACCUCUUUCUCUCUGGUGCAAAUCAUUCCCUUUUCAAGCAUCACACAAGCUAAUGUUAAAACAAGGGAAGAGGWAUCAAGCAAAUAGUCAGUUUCUGUGGAUGACUGCAGAGCAUAAAGCACAAAUAGCAGAGCUAACAUAAGCUUCAAAAAGCACUGAUUGCCAGCAAGGGAGUAGUAUCAACAAUAAUUGGAUUGUAAGUAGCUAUUGCAGUGUUUUAAACCACCCCCUCCUGUGGCUUUAUGAAGAUGUUUAGGUUAAUGUAAAAGAAGGCUUUGAGCUGUAUUCCCUUAACAGAUGUUGGAAAGCAACUUGUUACUUUUCUUACAGUUGAGUUUGCAGAAGAGAUUCUUCACCACUUGUCUGUGAAGUCUAGUAUCUUUGCCUUUUUUUUUUUUAAGCUAAGAUAAAACAGGAUUUGAAAAUCUCAGGGACUGUCAGAAAGAUAAAAGGGAGAUUUUACAUCUAGAAAUGGUCCAAGUGUGCAGCUUCAGUUGGUAAGUAUAAAAUGGCACUAAGAAUCUAUUAAUUACUUGCUAUUGCACUUUUUUAAGGCCAUUUCCCUUGUCUGUAAAGUUUUCAUAGCCUCCUGGUUGCUAUGGCAAUUAAAUUACACUAAGGAAAAUUACUGUGCUGUUCAUUUCCAGAUGUUAGAAAUCUGUUUGUGCACCAUGGGCAACAGGUUGAGAAACUGCAAUAACUUUGCAGAUGAAUGAACUGCCAAAUUGUGUUGUGAUGGAACUGAAGACAGUUUACACUACCAGCAGUGUUCCUGUACUUAGAAUAGCUUCUAAAAUAGAAUUCCAGUCACAUAGAAAUCCUGCGCAAAGAACCUUUAAAUCUGUGUUUUCCAGGUACCUAUUGCAUCUGGUUGCACUUUUGGACACUAUUUCAUUUCCUCCCAGAACAACUACCGCAUUUUUUUGUACAUUGACUCUCCUGUAGCCUGUCAUCCUUGCUGCUGUGACAUGAAGAAGACAUAGUUUCUGUCUGUACUUGGGAAUGUACUACUGGUGAUAGCCCAGUUUAGUUUCUCUCUGCUGUUAGAUCAUCCCAGUACACAGGUGACAAAACUUCCAUUAACCAAAUCUCUAUCCUUUUACAGCUUGAAAAGAGCAGAUUCUAGUACUUUACUAAACAUACCCACAAGGCUUUGUGUACUUUGUAUUUCAGGCAAACAGUUUAAAGGGACCUACUAAAAGUGGGUUGUUUUUCUUUAAUACACACAACACACAUCCUCUCCCACCCAGCUCUAUUCAGAGAACAUAACUUAGGCAGUCUUACCCUAGUUUUUCCUCUCCAGAGAGUUUUCUAUUGUCUCUUUCUUCCCCCGUCUAUUUUUUUCAGUACUGUCUACAUACCAGCCAUAAGUUAAGGCUCUUCUGCAUCGGUUUUCCAUGGAAAUAAGCAUACCUUCCCUGCCCUUUCCAUUGAAAUAGGCUUGCUCCACCCUUCAGGGCUCUGCUGGAGGGUUUGAUGAAAUUGGUGUCAUUCAACCACUCACCACAUUCAGUCUCUACAGGUCCUGUUAGUUUACAUGCUGGAGGUGACAGAACUAUGACAAGUUAGGUCACUUAGAUACCCCCUGACUCAUCUAAAUGAGCCUGCAUUGGUUGAGUGGUAGCCUUUGUUGUCAGAUGUGGAGUGAGGACUGUACAACACAGACAUGCCCUUGCCACAGUGGCCACCCUUUGAAGAUUAAAGGCCACUUCUGAACAUGCAGACAAGCGGUGCUCAGAUCUCUGUUAAACAUUACAAAUUCAGCCAUAAUAAACAGGCAGUGUCACUGAGAAGGCAGAGUCAUUCUUAGAAGACCAGAAAAAGUGUGAAAAGUGUGUAAGAAGAUGGUGUGGGAGAAGUGUUGCGUUGAUCCCAGUUCUUUCCGGUAGCUUCCCAACGCAACCAUAUCUUAAAUACUCAUGUUUUCACUGAGGAUAUCCUUGUGGGUAGUACACCAAGUUGGAUGGAGAAAAAACACCUCAUGAAAGCUUAAAAUCAGGUAUUUUGCUCCAGCAGCCACAGGACAUUUCAAUCCAUGAAUGAUAAGAAAGCACAUGCACAUUUCUGUGAGGAGUCUGGUGAGCAGCAGAAAUAAGGUUGUCUGCAUAGGAACUUCGUUAUUCAUUAUAUGUAAUCAUUACUGCCAGUUGAAAAAGGUAGUUCAACUUCAGUCCAGCACCAGUUGCUCCAGCUAAAUUCUACUUUAGAAGCUUUUGAACAGCCAGAUCUGAGACAGAGCACCUGCUUUCAGUCUUGAGACCUAUCAGUGAGCAGAAGGAAAAAGCAAGGUUCUGGUGUCAUUCUAACUCUAUUGAUGUAGCAGAGUAAAACAGCAGAAACACAUCUAAUCAAAACAUACGUCUUUAACAGCAACUAGUUUGUUUCUAGGUAAGCAUAUCAUAAUUAAUAAUCCAAUUUUGCACCUGGGGAGAAUCAUCAGUACAGCAGACCUACCCCUCCAUCACCUACUGGAAGGGAGACAAUAAAGUGAAAGGGUUUCCAUAUUCAAAAAACAUUUGCAGGAGUCUUUCUCAGUCCUUUGUAAUGUCACAAAGCAUCAACAGUAGAUGGGCAAGAGACCAGAUUGUGUUACAAGUGUCCCCAUAAGGGACACAAAAGAAUAGAAGGUUCAAGAAGAGUAAGACCUGCAUUCAUUCUUUUACUUUGUUUCUUCAUAGGCUUCACAAUAUUGUGGCCAAGCCUUGCCUUUGCUCUGGAGUCACUUUCCACCAGCUAUUCCCGUAUUCUUUCUGUGGCUGACACUUCUUUUGAUCCAGAUGCUUCUCUCUUAAGACUUCCACUCUUUUGUGACUUAAGCCAUCCAUAAUUUUUUUAAAAAUUUACUUAUUAUAAAAUAAGCAUUUAACUUAUUUUUAUUCAGAACUGUCUAUAUCACGAGAAGAUUUUUCCAUUCUGAACUAUCAGUUCCCCUCUUUCCGACAAAGCAGAUACAAGUGUUUUCAAAUGAGACAGAAUAAAGGUUGACUUAUUUAAAAUGUCAACCUUUUAAAAUGUCAAGUUUCAAACUAAGCUUGCAGAUGGCUGAAACAAGACAUUUCAAUGAGCUUUUUGAACAGUGAGUGUCAGUGCUGCCAGUGACCAUCUUUGCUAUAAUAAUAUUGAUGCAACAUCAAUUGCAAAGCAAUUUACAAAGGUCCAUAUCUGUAACAUGUCUGCUGGUUUUUUCUUCCUGCAGUUUUCAUACUCCUACUUCAUUAAUUUUGGUCUCGAGGUCUUAUUGAAUAUUUUUGUUGUUGGUAAUAGUAGUAGUAGCAGUAGUGGUGGUAGUAUUUCUUUAUACUAGUUGCAAGUUUUAAGGAUCUUUCAAAAUGGUAAAGAAAAUUUGGGUUCAAAGUAGCAAGUAAUAUCUAUACAUAUUGAGUCCCAAAGAAUUUAAUAAGUUCAAUGAUUCUAGUUGUGAAGAGGUGUGGGAUAGACUUUUCAGUAUCCAUAAACAAAAGCAGUAAGUUAAAUAUUCCUUUUACUAAGAAAUGCUACCUCAAUUUUGUCAAAUCCCAAAUCUUAGUGUCUAUCAGUUGGUGGUAGAGAGAAGCAUCCUGUGAAAUCCUGCACAAUGGUAUACCUGAGCCUUACCUGGCAACUUCCACAUAAACCAAACAGUUUGGUUUAAACCAAAACAAAGACACAAUAUAAAAAGACUUUGUUGUAUCCCAGGCAGAAAAACAAUUCACAACUUUUUUUAGGAAUUUCCCUCUUGUCUCCAGAAAGGACUGUUCUGGAGUCAUGUAAACACAGAGAUCUGCUUGCUGUCACUUCAUCCUUCUUUUAAGUUCAUAAGACUAGAAAGAAUCCCAGAGGGAGUUCCAGACCAGGCUACUUUCAGCCAUCAGCUUUCCAUGCCUUUAUCCAGUAAAAAGGAAGAUGAAGUGCUAAGGCUCAUACAUCUGUUUUGUGGACCUACUGGCUAUGAGUUUUGUUAAACUUUGAAGUUAAUAAUACAACUCAUUCUGUCUGAAAAUAAUAUCAAACCAAAUUUACUUUUCAUAAUUACAAUGAGCAAGAUUGUCCAACUUUUAUAUACCUGAAGCAUGUAAGGGAAAUUGUGAAGUACAGUAAACUUACGGUGAGAGUACCAUUAAACUAGACUUGCUAUCUAAAAAAAAAAUCUCUAGGCAAAGUGGUAUUUUAGUGGAAAUCUCUCCAUCUCUUGUGCUUCUGUUUGGAGGUACAAACGACCUCUUUAUAUCUGAUUUAGAAAUGAGGGCUCAUCUCUUAAAUUAUUUUGCCUCCCUGUUACUCCAGACAGGGAAGUGUAGAAGAUCUGAGCAAAUAGGAGAAUAAUGAUUCACAGUUGUAGAAAUAGCUUUAAUCCCUUUACCCUGCUGAACAGAAAUUCAAUUUACAGAUGUAAACAUUGCUUUUAAUAUAAAGUUAAACCAACACAUUAAUUGCAUUUCAUUAAACAGCAUAUCACUCUUUAGAGAUGAUAACACUGUUAGUCCAUCAUUUUGUGUACAGGAGAAUGAAUACCAAGAGGAGAUGUCUUGCUUAGGCCUUAUUACUAUUUAGUGGCAGAAGAGAACCCAGUGUUUUCUGCUUUCCCAGUUGCAUUCCCUAAAGUUGGGUAAUCAGUAACAUUUUCAGAAUGAGUUUCAAAUGCAUUGCUUUCCUGGGAGAAGGGAUGCCAACAGAAAGUCAGCCAUGCUUUCCAACACAUGCUGAUGCUAUGUAGUGGCUGUUUGAUUCUGUGAGCAUCUCUCUCACACUCUGCUAUUGUUCACUCUCUCUACUGUUCAUUAAAUGUUCCAAAUUCUGAUAGAGCUCUAAAAAGAACCCCUUAAAUUUCCUCAACCAGCCUUGAAAUCUACUGUAGAGAAUACAAAUACACUCAGAAACAUUGCUCUUAACAGGAGAGUCUCUGCCUCUUACUGCAUAAGCCUUCAAGGACUUCAAAUAAAUGAGAAUUUUCAUUAUUUCUUUGAUAAUCUACAUGUUUGUAUAGAGAGCUGCAUUUCAAGUCUUCUGUAGCCAAAAUAUGAAUGCCAAAUUAUACAUAAUUUUUUUUAAUGGAAGGUGGUUUUAUUAAAAACCCCAACAUUGGGUUCAAAAGGGGAAGUCUGACACUGGAGAAUUAAAUGGAAAUCCCUGCUGAAGUUAACAAGGGUUUUGUUUUCAUCCUUUUUCUGACCUAAAAUCUGCGAUGUUGGCAGGAGAGUUUCAACCUAAGAUAAUAGUUUAAAGCUUUCAUUCACAACACCAUAGCAAUGGAGGUCACAAUCUCCUUAGAAAAAGAAUACACUAUUGAAUUUCACUGCAUAUGGAUAUGAUUUAAGCUAUAAUCAAAAGUGUACCCGCUUCCAGUGCAAGAUUCUCAAGCAAUUAUCAUGGACCAGACCAGUGUUUAGCUCAUUAGGCAUUAAUUUAACAAGACUUUGGUUUUUUUUAAUGACCAGUAUCUUCAUAACUGAUUCAUGCCUAAUCUGUGCAGCACCUGCUCUCUCAUCUCCUGGAGGCAAAUGUGGUUCAGCUUUUCUGAUUAAUGAAUCAGAAAGUCAAUUGUACAAUGUUGUAAAAUGUAUGGUAAUAAACUUUCCAUGCUUCAAAGCAGAAAAAUAAUUCACAAACUGAUUUCCAGAGUUGAGGUUUCCGGUCCUAAAGUUAUUUUGUUGGGGACUCUUUUUGGACUGGAGCUUUAAGUGGUGUAAUCACUUUCUAAAGCACAGAACUGUCACUAUAAUUAUGAAUGUUUUCAUGCAUUUUAUUUUUUAAUAGUUACCAAAAAUGAAGCCUAAAAAUGAUAAUGCAUUCCUAGUAGUGGUCAAGCUGUGGAAAUGCUGAAUUUAUAUUCCAACAAUAUGUAAUAUAUCAUGAUGUAGAUGAUGUUUUGCAAAACACAGAGUGUAUAAUACAAAUGUUACAAACGUGAUUUCAUGUCUUUUCUGACGAGCUAAAGAGUGAUUAAUGACAACUUGGGCAGCUUUUGCCUUCCCAUCUGGGAACAGUUUUAGAACUGCUCUGAUAAACAGUGUGAGCUGGCAGCUUCCCUGGUGCACUUUGGAGUAUCCUACCAAUAAGAAAUCUAAUCCCAUUUGCUGGGUUUGUUUAUGUGCUAAUGAAUUUAAUAAUGCUGCUGUGGACAUACUCUCCCUCCUGUCCUGUGAAAUCCUUCAACAGAGUUACACGACUUGUCAAGGCAUUACACAGCCAGAUGUUCCUCUCUUGGAAAGGGACGAGCUCAUGUCCUGUUAAACGCUCUGCACAGCAAAGCAAGUGCUUGUGUGUUUUUCAUGUUGGUUCUGUCUUGUGAAACUGUAGUCUCUGCACUGUGUAACUUGGUCAAUUAUCACAGUUUCCUGUAGUAGGAGUUGUUUUAAAUAUCCAUCACACUUAAAACAUGACUAGAGAUAGAUUCCCUCAAACUGAGUAUCCAUGAGGCAUCUAUAUUUGAUGGUCUUUGUAUUCUGCAUAUGAAAUCCUGAUUUUUUCCCUGUUAACUGCAGCCCUUUUGUUGUCAGAAUAAGGUUUUAGACAUUUUUUAUUUGUCAAUAUAACUGAUUCCUCUUAUUCUCAUAACAUUUGCCUUCCCUAUUCUGUAGAGGAAAUUGAUGAUUUCACCUAAAUUUAAACUACCAGCUUAUUUGUUAUGGACUGCAGUGACCAUACUUAAUUCUGUUGGAUGCUCUUUACUCCCCUUCUGUUCUUACCACCACAAAUCUGUCAUAUCGGUUGAAUAUUUAGAAACAUACUUCAGCCAAGACCAAAGGAUGCCUCAUAUUGGGACUGCAUCUCAAACAACUCGAUAUUUUUAGAACUUGAUGGAAAUACUUACUCAGUGCUUUGAUGGUGCUUUGAUUUACAGCUUCUCAUAAUGAAGAGCAUCAUGUAACAGUUUUUUACAAUAUGAAAGCUUCAUAAUGCUGAAACCUUGACACAGGACUGAGGAAUGAAAAAAAAAAAACAAGUGGAAGAGGCUGCAAGGUAGCAACAAAUGACAGGCACUUAAAUAAAGCAUGCAGAAUGUUCCCCCGGAUGUGAGGAAGCAAUUUCUAUUUUAACAGCUGAGAUUACCAUGAAAUACCCAAACCCAAAUUGAACUGGAGCUUCCCAGGAGAUCAGUUGAAAAAGAAGGUCAUCUCCAGUUUACCUGAUGCUAAAAGCUGAAAUAGGGUUGAAUUUCUGAAAGAAGAGGUCUGCAAUGUUCUCUUUAAUUUGUUGGCUGUUUUAUCAUUAUUCCCAAAAGGCAAUAUUGUAAUGGCAAGUACAGUUUGUAAAUAAAAAUUAUUACUACUACCUGUAUGUCUUCUUCCACUGUCUUGCAUAAAUGUAUGUGCUUACUUGGAAGUUUCUCAGCAGGAUCUGCAAUCCAUAACAAGAAGCAAUCUGGGGAGAAAAAAUGUAUGUAGUGUCGUGGUUUGAACUGUGUCCACGACGUUCCCUCAGCCCCCUCCCCACCGGAGAGGGAGAAGGGAGAGCGAAAACCCAAUUAACACGAAAUAUUUAUGGCUUUGAGAUAAACAUAAUUGGAAGAAAGAUACCUAUGUA